UGCAUACCGAAAAAUUAACGAACCGGCCCUUGUAUUAGUAAACACAAGAACCCUAAUUUGUUGUUCAUGCACAAUUUAUAUAUGAAACUGACAUAAUUCAUUUAGAAUCCCAGAUCGGUUGAACUUGAGAGGAAGCAUACAUAUGGACCUCAUCUCUAAUGCUUUCGCAAUUCUAGCCCUUGAAGAUGCCGAUGAUCCUUCUCAAAUGUCUUCGACUACCGUCAUUUCUGACGCAGGGGGAAGUGGAAGUAAUGAUAAAAGCUCAAGUGACAAGCUGACAGUGGAUGAUGGAAGUAAAAAAGAGCAGAAUUUGGGUGUAAAUGCAGCGGGGUACAAAUUACCCCUUGUGUGGAUUGAUCUAGAAAUGACUGGUUUAAACGUUGAGGUUGAUCGAAUAUUAGAGAUAGCUUGUAUCAUAACCAAUGGAAGUUUGUCUAAAUCUGUGGAGGGUCCGGAUUUGGUCAUUCAUCAAUCACAGGAAUGUCUGGACAAAAUGGGUGAAUGGUGUCAAAGUCACCACGCAGCUAGUGGGUUGACAGAGAAGGUUCUCCAGAGUACAGUAGGUGAACAUGAAGCUGAGAAGCAGGUUAUUGAAUUUGUCAAAAGACAUGUUGGUGCAUAUACACCCCAUCUUGCUGGAAACUCUGUUUAUGCAGAUUUUAUAUUCCUCAAGAAAUAUAUGCCAGACUUGGCAAGUAUGUUCUCUCAUGUCCUUGUGGAUGUUAGUAGUGUGAAGGCCUUGUGCGUGCGGUGGUAUCCAGGAGUUCACAGGAAGGCCCCCGCAAAGAAAAAUAAACAUAGGGCUUUGGAUGAUAUCAGAGAAAGCAUCCUUGAACUUAAAUUCUACAAAGAGAACAUUUUUAAGACAUCCAAAGAGAUAAAGAGAUGAUGAGUAGUAGUAUUUUAGACCAUCUUUGUGUGCACCAUCUUGUACUGUUUCCUCUCUUCAUUGCUAAAUGAAACAAACUAUGUCUCUUUGUAUUGGACCUUUGAUAAUAGAAGAAACGUGUGUGGCUGAUUCGGUUAAAUAUAUAUCUUUUAGCUAGAUAUAAGAUUUUAUGGGUUAGCCUAAUGAUUGAAGGUUUUUUCAUCCUUGUGAUAGAGAAUCGAUUUCUCAUCACUUACGAGGAAAAUUAGUUUUCACUUCUAUACCUGCUGCGUGUCUUUAGAGAUUCUCUGGUCUUACCCGAUAUUAAAACAAUAAAGAAAAUAAGAUCUCACAUAUUAGAGCUACUAAAAUCAAUUUCUUUAUUCUAGAGAGCAUAUCCAUCAAAUAUUACUAGUAAUAAUCUAUGACAUGUAAUUAAAUAUUGCUAGUAAUAGUCUAUGACAUGUUCUAUGCUCAAGUUGCGUCAAAUUUUUAUGUUAUUUUUCAUUGGAUGUAAAA